GAGAGGCUCAGUUUCGGUGUUUGAGCUUCUAUUCUGACGAAGCUUCUGUCGUUUAACGCGCGUUUAACCAGCUUUAAAACAGUUUUUCACGCGUUUUCUCUUUUUUAACUGAACCACUCCAUGACCCCGUAACUCCCUCGGUCUGCUGUGGAGUAAACUUUAGUCUGAAGAUGACUCUUCCCACGACGCACAGCACCGCGACCCUGCGGACCGUCAACCUCUCCUCGGAGCAGCCCGUGACCGCGAUGCUCUCUCCCGGCCAGUUCAGCCUGAACGGAACCUCCACCAUGCGGGCGGUCAGCGUGGCCGGAGCCCCGCUACAGUCCGUCCAGUCCCUGCAGUCCGUACAGUACGUGAACGGCGGGAUGGACGGGAACCUGCUGCAGGGGAACCUGCGGUACCUGGUGCCGGUCCAGCGCGCCCAAGAGUCCUACGUGCUGAUCAACCAGGCGCCGCAGAUGCUGAACCCGGUUUACCUGCAGAACGUCCAGAACGUUCAGAACCUGCAGCGGCUCAGCGUCAGCAGCGUGGACGACACCGAGACCUACCAGCAGACCAAUGUCAAUGGGCGAGCUUCAUCUGUGUUCAGCCAAACAUCAAGCCCAACCAAGAGUCCUGAGCCUCCAGAGCCGGAGGUGGUGGAGACCAGCUCUGUGCGUUCAGAGAUUGUGAAUGUGGAUUUGAAGAAUCAUCUGAGAAGUGAGGUGAGGACUGAAGUGGUGGAGCCCGAGCCGCUGGCCAAACUGGACACACGCUUCUUCGGCGAGCUGCUGGCUGAAAUCUACCGCAAGAACUGUAACAUUCACAGCUGCAUCUCUGAACACGUGUCCAAAAUCCGUGGACGAAAACACCUGCUUGACCCCACCAUUGAUUACAAGGUGGAGAAAGAAGAGAUAGAGGCCCUCAUUCCCAAAGGCUUAUCUGAACUGACCAAGCAGCAGAUCCGCUACCUCCUACAGACACGCAUGACGGCUGACAAGACCAUGCGUCUUCUUCUGGCCACCUUCAGCAGCCUGAGAGAAGAGUUGGUGCACUUGCAGGAGGAUUUGAGGCGGCUGGAAAGUGAAAAAGAGGGUCUGGAGAGGGACUUGAUGUUUAAAGCUGAGCAGGCACAACAGUACGACAGAUUACUGGAAGCAGUGCGAGAGAACAACCGACAACUGCAGAACUCCCUGAAAGAGACCAGCUCUAUCCAGCGCAAUUUGGAGACUCAGCUCAUGAGCACCCGCAGCAUAGACUCCAGUAAAGACUUCCGCAUGAAAGAGCUGGAGGGCAGCAAGAGGGCUCUUGAGCAGGAGAACGAGCUGCUGCGCAAGAAGUUGGAGGGUCAGUGUAGUACGUCCACUCUGAACACCAAGACACAGGAGCUGUCCAGACAUUACGAGCAGAUGCUGAGCACUCUGCGAGAGGAGAAGGACAAGGAACUGAAGAACAUGCGGUCUCAGCUGGUAAAGAUCCAGACAGAAUACAGUACAGAGCGUUCCAGUGAUAAGAGCCUGCAACUGCGGAUCACAGAGCUGCUGAGCACACUGGAGCAGCGCGAGUCUGUCAUCAAACGGCAGGAGGAGGAGAUCAGACGGCUCCAGCAGGAGAAGGUGGAGAGUUCCAAGAACGUCACCAAGACCAUAAUCACCAAACGAUACAGAAACCAGUACCCUAUACUGGGUCUGCUGAGUGAUGACUACCAGGUCACAUCGCCUGUCAAAGAGGCCAAGACCAUCGUCAUCGAGAGGACGGGAGAGAUGAUCAAACAGGAAAUCAUUACCACGCCCUAAAGAAAAUGCUUCUCUCUGACAGGAAUGAACACGAGGAAGAUCCAGAAGCCUCUCCCCUGCUUCCUAACCCUUCCCCUCUCCCUCCCUCCUUCCCUCCUUCCCUUCCCUCCCUCGCUUUCUCCCUUCUCCCUCCCCUGCAUGCUGUUCUUCCGGUUACUCCAGGGCUCUAUAUAGAGUGGUGGUGGUUCCAGCCUAAUUGUGGAGGAUGAGGUAAAAUGGGAGUCAAAGCAUCUAAAAGCACAGAGUAAUGGUGUGGAGGCCCACAUUUUUACAAGCAUUUAACAGCAUAUCAUGCUUAGAGGAGACAUUUGGAUUUGGGUGUAUUGCUGCUUCACGCUGAGGAAAGGGCUGUGCUGAUGCGUUGGCUUGCUUGACAUUGGCUAACCUGAGUUACCCUGCAUUCACACUAGCAGACGAAAUAUAGCAACAAGCAACCAGUCAUUUUCUAUGAGUGCAGUGGCAACAAGUGGCAACAAACUGCGACAGAGCGACAAAUCAAGAUCAAAUCUCACAGUACAGUAAACCAACUGUCCAUACAAAUACAAAGCUUAAAUACACAAGUUUUCCCAGAUUUGUCCAAAAGUUAGCAAUCUAGCAUGCCAUGAAUUAAAGCCUGUGCAUUGGAGGCAGAAAUUAGAUAUUAUCUAUAUUUAUCAUGAUAGGGAAUGUUUCAAUAUUUCUUUUCGAUAUCUCAUGAUCACUCAGAACCUGCCCAAAGGCCGCAUUGAACUGUCAGUAAAAUCACAGGUAUUUUGAGCUUCAUAACUGAAUAAAUGUUCAGUCAUGAAAAAUCGAGGAAUUUGAACAUAGCAAUUUCCAGUCAUGGAUACAUUUUGGAAAAAUAAAAACACCCAUAAAGUUUUGGGGAAGUCGUCUUUUUUUCUGUUUAUGGACUGAGAUAAAAAAAAAUUAGAAAAGCUGUUUUGGAUCUAAAAAAUAAGUACAGUCAAUUACAAUAAAUUACAGUCCAGUCAGGUGGCUCCAAGUGGUCCAGCGGGCUAAGCGCUGCCACCAUGUUAAGGAGAUCUCCAGUUCGAAUCCUGUUCAUGUAGCUUGCCUACCGUAGAGCACAAUUGGUCUUGCUCUCUCUGGGUGGGCAGAUGACUCUCUUUCCCCACAUCACGCCAAAAGGGUGAUGUCGAUCAGCACAUCAGCUUCUGUGAACUGAUGUAUCGGAACCGAGUCGCUGUGCUUUCCUCUGAGUGGGCUGUGAUGCAAUGGCAAUGGCUGACUACACAUAUAACUGACAACACCCUCCUGGUGUUGAGGCAUCAAUUCUGAUAGGGGGAGUGUAAAUGUGUAAAUUAGGAAGAAAAUGGGGUAAAAAGUAGAAAAAAGUCCCACCAUAUAAUCGCGUUUUACAUGAUGCAUCUUCGGACAUAUACAGGUAACAAAUGAGACAAACUUGGAGAGACGUAAGCGAUGUGUCUUCUGCCAAUGUGAACGCAGGGUUAGUGUGUCAUAUAGCUCAAUCAAAUUUUUCAAUUCCAAUCCAUCAAGUCCUUACUGAGCUAUAUAACGUUCUUGGUAGUGUUGAAACAGAUUUGGUGCACCUCGUCAUGCUUCGAGCCACCACAACCCUACCAGCCACUGGUCGGCACUACUGUAAGCAUGUAUGUAAGCACGGACAGUGCACUCUGUAACGUGACCGUGUCUGUACCUUGCUUCGGUAAGGAUCACGGUAAUCUGUCUUGGUUGCUUUCCUUUUUUUUACUGAUGUAUUUUAUUUUGUUCUUUCUGUUAAUUGACAACACUGCUGUAGGGGUGUAUAGGUAUAAGGUAGUGUAACCUGGUGAUGGGACAUUUGCAUUUUGCUAUGUAGCAACAGUGGUUGAAGUUGCAUGUGGCGAUGAAUUGACUAUCCUAUCACUAAAAUAAAAUAAUAAAAAAAUGGAUUACUGGGCUGAGGAAUGAGGGUAUUUAACAAUAUUUUAUUUUUUAACAACUGAAUUUUAUUGAAUGCCAUCUAAUCUUUUGGUUAAGGUGUCAUUAUUAUUUUUUUAUAUAGCAUCUGAGAAAUCUGGUUUAAUUCCUACCAAGAAAAGUUGGUAGCUAGAGUAACCUGCAUCUGUAACCAUCCAUCCAAUUGGAGACUUUGGGCAAAUUCACACCUGUAGUUUCUCUAGUCCAAGUCAGUUGAAUCAGUUGAUGAGUUUGUUUAUUUAGAGCAUUUUCUCCCUUGGUUUGGUUUGUUUUCACACAGGUACAAACCUAAAUGCACUAAACUAUGCCCCCCAAAAAACGUGAGCACAAUGUCUUCUCUGAUUGGGAGCAAGAAAGUAAAUAUAGCUCGAUCACAUUCACACAGAAUCACAUUCUCACCACAAACAAACUGCUUCAGCGUUAAUUUUGAACUAGACCCAGACCCAGUUCAUAUUGGCUUUAAGCUUAAAUUUAGUCUGUGGGAACUGGCAUGCAGUUCUCCAAGUUAAUAGUAUCUUUUAAAAUUCCCUGUUUUUUGACCUUCUCCACCAGUCCUACAUACUGCUUUUGGACAACUGUGUCACUCCUGGUGCAAAAAUUCAAGCACUUUAGUUUGGUUUGAUGGCUUGUGAUCAUCCAUCUUCCUCUUGAUUAUGUUCCAGAGGUUUUCAAUUUGGUAAAAUUAAAGAAACUCGUCAUUUGUAAAUGGUCACUUUUUGUUUUUUUCCAGAGCUGUAUAUUACACACAAGAUUCAUUAAAACAAUGAUUUUGGAUUUUAAGAGGGCUGCACGGUGCUGCAAUGCACGGCACAUCCAGUGUGAUAUCACCAUUAAGCUAAUAAAAUCAUGUGUAAAGCAGAUAUCUGGCAUAGUUUCUCAGAAUCCUCACUUAUUUAUAUUAAAGAGACUGUGGCUUUAGGUUUCAUAGUAUGUACUAUAGUUUUUUAUUCUGGAUCUAAAACAGGUUUACAUUAGUUUACUGAGAGCAGAAACCACUUAAUUAGAGGAGAUAUCAGGUCCUUGAAUGUUCACGACCUUCUGGUAUACCCGAUUUUUCAAUUUAUUCUUCAUAUGUAAAUCAAAAUGUGAAAUCAAAUAUGAUCAAGCAUGAUUUACUAAACACUUUCAAUUUGAUUAGAUUUUGCCUGCUUUGAAAAUGUCUGAUUUGGACGCAAAUAGUUUUAAUCAAAAAUAUUGUUUGGUGACGCGCAGUGAAUAUUGAUUGGUUGGUGUGGUGCAGUGGAUAACACCAGUACCAGACGGUAAACUACCACACCAUGAGGGAAACUACAAGUUGAUUCCCAGCCUGCGAGACUUUGCUGCUUUGCUACACCAGUAAGAAUCCUUGGACACUUCUAAGACUCCUCUAACACUACAUUGGCCCACUUCUGUAAUAUGAAUAACCAUAUUGUCCUUAUCUGAAAGUCACUUUGGACAAGAGCAUCAGCUAAAUGUAUCAAAGGGAAAUGUAAAUAUCAUAUUUCAUCCCCCACCUCCAACCUACAAUAACCCAUCACUGAUGAUAAAUGUCCAACCAGGGAUCCACUCAGAUACUGUUUUUUUAUUAUUAUUAUCGAAUGUGUCACGGUACAUAAAGAUGUUAAAAUGUUAUUUUUUUGAUGCACACUGAUUAAUAGCGCAUAUUUCAAUUGUUUUUCAUGUAAUAAAUGUACAGGGAGCUAUCGGAUGUGUGAAGCCUGGGGUAAAUGCAUUUUUUUUUUUGUUGGGGUGAUUGAUGUUCCUGUGUGAAACUCUCUGGUUGUAAAAGAGAGACGAGUGAAGAGAAGGAUUAGCACUGGUAUAAUGAGGAAGAUCACUACACUAAACACUACUUACUAACAACCUUUUAGCUAAAGCUGAAUUUGACCUGUGCUGAUGUUCUAGUGAUUUAACCCUUUCAGACCCUGCGUCAAUUACAAUGGACACCAUGUAAUUCCUUUUUUAAAUGUUUUGUUGCAUAAAUCAUAAAUCAGCCAGUGAAAGAGUAACUUAGCCCCGCCUACUGCACUGUACAAAAAAAGAAAUGUGCAAAUCAGUGAUUAGGGCAUGUCAGCACAACAGAACAAAUUCUAAAAAUUAUCGUGUUUAGAAAUAAACAUUUUAGUUAAAUACAUUUACUUUAAUAUAGAUUUUAUAUUAGAAUUAGGUCUGUCACAAUACAAUUUUUUGCAAACGAUAUGUUGUCCCAGAAUUUAUUGAGAUAAACGAUAUUGUAGACCUUUCAAGACUAUUAAAUGGCACUUAUAUAAUGACAACACCCUUUUAAAAGGGGGGUCACAUAUUAACAUUGGUGAAGAGUUAGCUACAUUACCGAGAACUAAGGUUAGCAAAGAGCUAGCUAACAUUAACGGCAAGCUAGCUAGCAUACUAGCAUUAGCAGUGAGCUAGCUAAGAUUAGCGGUCAGCUAGCUAACAUUAGUGGUGAGCUAGCUAACAUACUAACAUUAGCAAUGAGCUAGCUAAGAUUAGCAGUCAGCUAGCUAACAUUAGUGGUGAGCUAGCUAACAUACUAACAUUAGCAGUUAGCUAUCUAACAAUAACGGCAAGCUAAUUAACAUAUUGACAUUAGCAGCAAGCCAGCUAAUAUUAGUGGCGAGCUAGCUAACAUUAGCAGUGAGCUAGCGAACAUACUAAUAUUAGCAGAAAGCUAGGUAACAUUAGCAGCGAGCUAGCUAACAUACUAACGUUAGCGGUGAGCGUUCUUUCAUUAUUCUUUGGGGUUCCUAUGGUUUAACAUAAUGCAACUUACAUAUCUUUUGUUGGCUCUGUUCUGCUUCAUAAUGGAACAAAAAAAAACAAAACAAAUGGGAAACAUUAAGUUUGGAUUUCCAAUACAAUAAAUUGUUUUCUACCAAAGAAAUGAUGACUUAAUUUUUGGGUCUUGAGUUAUAUUAUAUUAUAUUAUAUUAAGUUAUAUUUAUUGAGGUCCUAAAAAGUCUUAAAAAGCAUUAAAUUGAACUUUAAAUACUGUGCAAGAACCCUGUAGAGGGCAUUUUUUUUCCUAACAAAGGUACGUUUUAAGUUCAUUUACUCCCUGUGUCACAAUAUAUGUGCGUUUUUUGUGCAAACACAAUGAACAAUAUCCCGAUUAUUGAAAUGAUUGAGGUUGUGUCCAUUUAUUGAAAGAAAAGUCUAUAAUGUAAUUAAUGUGACAGCCAGGCCUAAUUAGAAUAGUAGUUUCUUUUUCUUUUUUCUUUUUUUUUU